UAAUCAUGUCUUCUGGAGUAGGGGUCAAUGAUAAUUGCUUGACCGAAUUCCAAGUCAUCAAGCUCGGAAAGAAGUACAGAUAUGUCAUCUACAAACUCAGCGCCGACAACAAGGAGAUUGUUGUUGACAAGACUGGGCCUAUUGACUCAACCUACGAUUCCUUCACGGCCGAGCUACCCGAAGCCGAGCCACGAUGGGUUGUCUAUGAUUUUGAGUACAAACUGGACGAGGGUGGUCAGCGGAACAAAUUGACUUUUAUUUCUUGGUCCCCCGAUGACGCAAAGAUUAGGCCGAAGAUGCUUUAUGCGUCUUCGAGAGAUGCUUUGCGCCGAAGGCUUGACGGUAUUGCGCUUGAAAUACAAGGAACUGCUUUCGACGAGGUUUCAUACGAAGCCAUUCUGGAUAAGGCUAAGCGGAGUGCUAGAUGAACUUCUAUGCUCGAGCUUCGUAGGGGCGCUGGUGUAGAUCGAGCUAUGCCUGUGCCUUCCUAAAUACCAGAGAAUAUGUAUCUCCAAAUCUGUGUAAGAAGAAGAGGACGUGAUGGACAUAAUUAAUGCCUAUUAGUCUCUAGUCUUCAAGGAACUGACAUUUGUCCAUGCAUAUUAUCUCGGAAUGAAUUUGAGUUGAAUCUCCCCACAAGGCGUC